AUGACUAUGACCACAGACCAAACGGCAUUCCAAUCAGAACCUCCCUCGCCUCCUCCGACUCCGCCAGUACCAAAACUCACCGGCAGCGACGAUGCGUCCCUAUACGCGCCCUCCGAGGCAGGCGCCAGCAGCACCGGCACUGUUCUCCGUCCAAAAGUCAGCGUCUUCAGCAUGUUCUGCCCCGAGGCCAUGACCUUCCAGGUUGAUCUCUCCAAGAAAAUCCCAGAGAUGCCCAAGAGGUGCAAGUGUGGCUACCGGUGGAUGCCGCUGCUACCCGACAAUAAGGAUUACGUUGUCCUCAAAGAAGGAUUCAGAAUGUCCAGCCGCUUCUUGGCCAAGUCGCAUUCCGACAGGAAUGAGUUUGCCUGCUGUCUCUGCGUACCGGCAGGGAAGACGAAUAAGUACGAAUCGGCCGAUGCAUUGCGAGUACACAUCAACGUCUCCCACACCAAAUGGCAGAUUCUCCACGACCGAGACAUUUCCUAG